AUGAAUGAAAAGGAGCGCGUAAAGGAACAGUGGUUAUUGGAUUUCCAGUUCUUUUUAUCGGGGCGGCUCCACACACCGCCCUACGUCGCAGCAGCACGCAGUUACCCACUGAUUAGCCUGCCGUCCAUGAUCCCUCACACCCAGUACUUACUGGAUGGUAUCGUUUGGUCGUUGAAUGAACACAGCGAAUGGGCGUUAGAGGCGUGGUUGGUCAUCCAAAAUCACCUCAAAACGACGGUUGACCGCUUGCAAGACGUCGCGCGUGAUUUGGCGGACGGGUGGAAGACGGAUGAGAGAGUCGAAUUGGAUGGUUUUCGCGCCCGCGAGCGGACCUACGGAUCCCAUGCCGCGGUUCAGGAUGUGUAUUUAGCCUUUUGCGUGGUGGAUGCCGUACUCAAACACGUUCGCAGCCCCAAACAGGCCGUUAAGCAGACCAUCGAGAAGGCGUUGCCGCAUCUCGUGGUGGAGACGUUCCCGAUCCUGCAGGAUUAUCCCCGCAGUCCAUGGAUGGAGAGCGCGACGGACGAGUUUAGGCUUCUUUUUUUAGAUUUUCUGCGCUCUUGGACGGCAAGUGGGGUGGAGCCGGAAACGAAUCGGCGGUUGGAGGAGCACAUUCGCCAUUGCCUAAAAGUUCGGCGAGAGGCCGCGCAGACGGGUCCGAGCGCUGCCCGCUCCACCGCUUUGCAGGACGGAUUGCGGUUGGUUCUUGACGGCGCCUCGCCGGCACCCGCGAUUUCUUCCGCAUCGACCAGCCUCGCUCCCGCCAGCGGGGAUCCCGCGGGGGUGGAGAAGAAAAUUCGCAGCUUUUUGGCGUCAAUCAACCCACAUCGACGGAGCCUCGCGUCGCGUCUGCGCUGCGCCCACUGUGGGGCUCCACUUCGCGAUGAGGCGAGCAAGAACGCGCACUACCGGAUUCACUUUCACGGCCAUAAUUACCUUCGGCCGGAGGUUAAAAUGGUGCGGCUGAUGUAUCCAACGGUGGGGGAGUUCAUCGACCACGUCGGGGAUAUCGACCGACGGGGGUAUUUUGCGAAGGUCGUGGAUGUGCUGGAGGAGCUGUACAAACAUGAUGGCCGAGGGGCUUUGAAGGUGCGGCGGUUGGAAGACUUGCCAGAGUCGAAUCCGUGA